CUCAAUGCUAAUGCUAAGUAACGCCUACAUUGCGAUGCUAUAACACCUUAAGUCAAGUUAAGUCAAAUUUAAUUAUACAGCCCUAAAUCAGAGAAAGGCCUCAAAGGGCAUUACAUGACCUCAGAUCUCACAUAUUAAUGACAUCCCCUUAACCCCCACGAGGGCAAGAAAAAAAAACAUCCGUGGAAACCUUAGAAACCUUGGGAAGUGGCCGCAGAUGGGGGAAUUCCCUUUCCGGGAUGACCAGGCCACAAUGGAUGCAGAGUGAGGUAGAUUUUACACAUAUGAUGGUCUAGGAUGUUAGUUGAAAUAACCUGAAGUGGGUCCCGGCCCAGUUGGCCAAUGCAGAAUUCUUCUUAACAGCUCCUUUGAGGAUGUGGUCAGCCUCCGAUCUUGUACUGGUCAAUUGCUGCUGAAUCCAAUUUGGUCAUCGUCACCUAAUCCCCUCGCCAAGCCGAAAAGAGGGAGGAGGAGAGAGAGAACAGAAGCGGCAGUCAAACAGGCCAAGAAGUAGUUCAACUAAAUACAGGAGUAUAUAAAUAUGAUAAGUAACAAAACCUUGAAAUUUCAAGUGGGCCAGGAGUCAACGCACGUUGCCUAGUAUUGGGUCAAUAUGAUAGAACUUUCCCUUAAGCAAUAGCUGGAACACAAUUUAAAAGGGGAUUUUUAAAAAUAAACCUGUUCAUUCCUCAUAUCUUUUUCCUCAUACGUUAUUUUGAAACUGCAGAGAAGAGUCUCGACUUCCCAGCAGUCGCAACCUCAUUCAAAAGGCAUGUAACAAAGAAUGAUGACAGAAGACACGUGAUAAGAUUUCUGGUGUGUGAGUUUUAUAAUAUACGGUACAGUACUUUGUUACACAUGUUCCUCCUCCCACAUUCUAAAAGCACGCAUAGUAGUUUAAUUGUUUGUCUAUACAGUAUGUCACCAGUGGCGGAGCUACGGGAUAGCCAGGGGUGUCCAUGGCCACCACUUGUCACUUUGUGGCCACCACCACACCUUGGUGAAAUUUUUGUUAUCAGUGAUUUUUCUGCCAUUUUUAUAUGGAUGCAGAAUUCUGAAAUGGCCAUGCAGGAACAUCAUUCCAUGCAUUUUUUUUAUACUACUUGUCCCAGAAAGGCGGGCAAAUGAUACUAUGAGAGAUCAUUAGAUGUGCUGUUGGGAGUUGCUGCGCAUAAUUGGUCCUAAUACUCUCAUUUAUUUAUUAAAAAUAAUUGAUUGUUGCUCAUCUAUCUAUGCCGGCGAUAUAUAGCGGCAGGCAGAGCAAUGCAAUGCUCUUCCCCGUGAUGGCAAAAGGUACAAUUAAUGUGUUUCUCCACCUUUUGACAUUUUGAGUUUAAUAGAAUCGCAAUUUUGUGCUCAACUAAACGGGCUCAGACGUCCCACUGAGUAAGUACAUUUCAAAUCUUCGCCAGUUCAGCACUGCGUGAUGAUGAAAUGCGCUAUAUAAAUAAAGCUGCCUUGCCUCGCAUUAGACAGGACUCGAAUCAGAACUGCUUGUAAGGGAGUCAUUUUGUAAUAAAUGUAUCUAAUUUCGACCUUAGUACAGAGGGAGUACUUGAGCCAUCUCUGUAUAAGCGGCUCGGAUAAUGGAUAAAUGGAUGAAAUGUCCCGUUUCAACGAUACUGUUAUUUUGAAGGUUUCCCACCUCCGUCGCGUCUUUUCCGGCGUCGCUGCGGUCGCCUUGCCGCGUUCCUGUCGCGCUCUUGCCGCGCCGUCGCCUCGAGCGCAUUCCAAUCGCAACGCGGAGCGUGGACACGGAACAUUCCUGCGUAGGCGAGCCGCACUUCGUCCGCAGGUGCAUCCAACCGGGCAUCUGGCGGGACAUGGACCGCGUGAAGGGGGCGGCGGUACGGGGACAGUGACGGACUGAGCUCACUUGAAGGUGUGUUCGGGCCAUGGCGGGCUACUGGGAUUUUUGCCGGCGCACUUGCGUGUGCUGCCUCUCAGAGGAGGAGCAGAGGUCCAUUGCCGUGGACAACGAGAUCAAGAAGCAACUCAAGAAGCAGAAGCGGAUGGAGCGGCAGGAGGUCAAAAUUCUCCUGUUGGGAACUGGCGAGAGUGGCAAAACCACCUUCAUCCGCCAGAUGAGGAUCAUCCACGGACGGGGCUUCUCAGAGGAAGAUAGGAAAGAAUUUGCGAAAUGCAUCUUUCAGAACAUCUUCACGGCCAUCAAGGCCAUGACAGGAGCAAUGAACACGCUCAAAAUUCCCUACUCCAACCCAGAUAACGAGUUCUACGCCAGUAAGGUGGAGAACGUCAACACGUUGCAUAUCACCAAGCUGGAGCGAGAUUACGUGGACGCCAUCCGCCGCCUCUGGGCCGACUCCGGCAUUCGGGUCUGCUACAGCCGACGCUGCGAGUACCAGCUCCUGGACUCCACGGAGUACUACAUGAACCAAUUGGACCGCAUCGCAGAGCCAGACUACAUCCCCACGGAACAGGACGUGCUGAGGGUCCGAUUCCCCACCACGGGCAUCCACGACUACUCCUUCACCAUCAGCAAGAUUACGCUCAGGAUCGUGGAUGUAGGCGGUCAGAAGUCAGAGCGUCGGAAAUGGAUCCACUGCUUUGAGAACGUCACUUCGCUCAUCUUCCUGGCCUCCCUCAGCGAGUACGACCAAGUCCUGGAGGAGAGGAAUACCAUCAACCGCAUGGAGGAGAGCCUGGCUUUGUUCUACACCACCAUCCAUUCACCGUGGUUCCACAACACCUCCAUCAUACUCUUCCUCAACAAAACUGACAUCCUGGCUGACAAAAUACUAACCUCUGACCUGAAGAAAUACUUCCCCGGUUUCACGGGUCGGAGACAGGACGCGGAGGAGGCCAAAAAAUACAUCCAAAAGCUAUACCGGCAGCAGACCAGCAACCCAGAUAGUAAGGAGGAAGGAAAAAGCCUCUACCUGCAUCACACCUGCGCCACAGACACGGACAACAUCCGCAAGGUGUUCAGCGACAUUAAGGACACGGUGCUGCUCAGGUCUCUGCGAGAGUACGGCAUCUUCUGAACAUUGGAAACAGCACUUUGGAUGACUAUUUGUGAGACUAUCUGGAGAAGGACGGUGAGAAUGAAGGCCAGUUUUUCUUGCACAAGUAAAGGAGGCGGACACGGACAGGCCACUGGCUUAUAGACAGACAAGCAUCCAUCCAUUUUUGAAAACGCGGGUCCCGCUAGGGUUGCGGGUGAGAUGGAGCCUAUCAACAGCUGACUUUGGUCGCCAGCCAAUCAGAGUGCACAUACUGUAUAGACGAACAACCAUUUGCAUUCUCAUUUGUGUGUGUCGUGGUCAGGGUUGGGUCACAUGGCUUUCAUUGGAAAGUUCCUUCAGGGAGACCAAAUUGUAAUUUUUCUACAAGACCCGACUAAGUCGAAGUAAAUUAUCCAACACGUUGCACAGUGUUUUAUAUAGACUACUACGCCUUGUACAUAGAUCUAGCAUUAAGUACUAUCACUGCUCCAUCUGUGGUGCCAUUGUCCUGUUCAUCUACAGUACGUUCAGCGUGAAAGUUCACACCCGGGUAGCAGCACUUUCAGAGUUCAAACGGCUUUCCAAGCAGAAAACGCAAAUUUGUGUUACAGUGGCAACUUCGAGCGCAAACACAAUUUGCACCGUAGGAAACAGUGGCAAUACACUGAAUCCAUUCCAAAGUUAUUAUCGUUGAAAGCUAUUUUUGUUUUUUAAAAAAAGACGUUCACACAAAAUAGUCACAUAAAAAUGAUAAAAUGCUUCCUUAACUUGGAACCAAUCUUUUUUUUUUAAGUGAAUAUUGCCCUGUUCUAAGUAACUGUCAACAAUUAUAAGUGUGUAAUUACGAGGUGGCUCAGCAUUUAAACCCUUUCAGGGACAGCGGUUACUACAGUGCACAGCUUAUCGUGUUAUCCGGUGACAGGGUGCAUGAAAGGGUUAAUUAACAGUGUGAUGGCAGCUCCCUACUUAAUCUGAAGAUUGGGGCCAGGGAAAAUGAAAAUUGCCCCCUCCAAUGGUUUCUGAUCGUUUUAGUCAUGUUUUAAACUGAAAUAUCCCACAAACUAUGAUCCCAGAAUUUCCGCUAACAACCCAGGCUAAACACAGCUCCAAUCAGACAUAUCAAGAUCAAAGUCUUCAUGGAAAUGUCAACAUAGUUCCGUGACACAAUUUGCAAGAGGGGGCUGCUGUCCCACUUAGACUAAACACAACGUACAAUUGUUUCCAAUUCUGUGGAACAGGGCAUACCAAACUAACAAAAGGCAAUGAGCCACAUGCUUCUUCACCAAGACAUUCGCUGACCGCGUCGCAAUGUUGGUCACUUUUCUAGUAAAAUCUAAAAACAAUAAACGCACUUCUCCCAACUAAAGUGAUGACACCGGUGAUUCAGGGUGAGCAAUGUUCAAAUAAUAUCAGUGUGUUCUUAAUUAUGAACUAUUUAUGACAUAUUUGAGAAGGGGAAUGUUUGAAAAGUGGGAGCUCCUCAUGAGCUUCACGAAUGUGUCUAUAUUGUUUAUUGAUUGACUGUAUUUUUUUCAAGUGUUUUUACUCUCCUCAUCACUGCUUUUUCGGUGUCACCCUGUUGAACGAUGUUGUCUUUUUUUACCCGACCACAUCGUGAGGAGUCACUUGUUUGUCGGCAGAUUUUGGUGAAAAGAAGGAGGGGGCGCUAAUAUUAAAAACUGAUGAACACGUGAAGGCAAAUUUGCUCUUUUUGGCUAGUUGGAAUUCUUUGUCAUCUGACAUGCCUACCAGAGAUCGAGUGGAUUUAUAAUAGUGGUGAGACUUGAUUAAAAAUAAAUCUCCCUCAA